AUGGCAGACAAGUCGUCGCACUCGCCCAGCUCGGGCGGCGCGAAUGGUGACGACAAGCCGAGGUUGACGGAAGAAGAGAAGAAGGCGAACCAUAUCCAAUCUGAGCAAAAACGUCGCCAGGCGAUCCGCGACGGCUUCGAUCGGCUGUGCGAGCUCGUUCCCGGACUGGAGGGACAAGGACGCUCCGAGGGUCUUGUGCUCAAGCGUAGCGUCGAGUAUAUGCGCGAGCAACUGGAGCGGCGCCGCGAAUUAGUGCUGGCUAUGGAGGCGCGAGGUGAGCCGGUUAUGGAGAAGUAUAGAGAGUUCGUGCCGCUUGAGCAUCUUCUCAAGGGAAUUGCGGUGGUGCUAAUGAGAGUCAUAGGCCGGUCAAGAUCCUUGAACGACUGGAGGAAUUAG